GGUUUAAUAUUACGUGAUUUAAACACACGUAUAUCUAACAUUUACUAAUUUUCCACUGCAGCUUUUGGACGAGCAUAUGAAAAGUUUAAAUGGGUUUAAUGUAAUAAAAAAAACUCUAGUAGACGCACUCAAUUCAAAGAAUUUCAGUGAAUUUUCAUUUGCAAGAUGAUUGGAGCUAUUGAAUUCGGAGUUAUGUUUGGACUGUUUUUUUCAGGUCAGGGCGACACAUGUCAACCUGGAUAUUUCAAAUCAUUGUUUAAUGGAUGUAAAAAAUGUAAAACUUCUGGAUGUGACUGUACGUUUGCUACAUCUUGUGAUUCGUGUUUAGAAGGUUACUAUAGAAACGAUGGUGAAUGCUUCGGAUGUCAAUCAAACUGCAAGACAUGUGCGAGCUCAAGCAGUUGCUCAUCAUGCCACCCAGGUUAUCAUGGACCUAUGUGUCAACAUGUUUGUGGUAGAGGAUGUCUAGAUUCUAAGUGUGAAAUAAACACUGGAACAUGUUUAUGUCGGAAUGAUUUGUUUAGUGGCGUAUAUUGCAAUACUUGUGUUCUAGGCAAAUUUGGACAAGACUGCGACUAUGAAUGUUUGGACGCGUGUAAUUCUUGUUCAGAAGCGACUAAAUGUGACUCAUGCAAGCCGGGUUUCUUUGGACACAAAUGUGAAUACAAUUGUUCUGAAAAUUGUUACAAUUGCUCACAAUCAGGACAAUGUUUGACUUGCAAAACAGGACACACUCACCCAAGUCAAACCUGUGUUUGCAAACAUAGCGGAUGCGCCAAAUCUGACAAUUGUGAAAAAUGUCUCAGCGACGAAUAUUUUCCGGACAACGGAUCUUGCUGUCCCUGCUCAUUGCUACAUCAUUGUAUAUCAUGCACAGUGGUUUCAAAUAGUUCAAAGUGUGUUACAUGUGAAGACGGAUACUAUCCGAACGAACACGGUGGUUGUUUUAACUGUAGCCUUACGUGCGUUGAAGGACAAUGCGAUUCAGGUUCGGGUAAAUGCAAAGAAGGUUGCACUGACGGUUACUUUGGUAAGCUUUGUAAACAAAGAUGUCAAGAUUCCUGUCAUACAUGCAAUCGAAAUAAUGGUGAGUGCUUAGAGUGUGUUUCAAACCUAGACUAUGGACCGAACUGUACCAAACAUUGCAGUGAGACUUGCGUUGACAAAGUGUGUGACAUAGUUGGAGUAUGCACCAAAGGAUGCACAGUGAACUACUUUGGAGUAAUGUGCGAAAAUGAGUGUGACAAAUAUUGUAUCCAAAUUGGAACAGGCACAAGGUGUUCAUCUGAAAAUGGGGAGUGCCUCCACGGUUGCACUGCUGGCUACAUAGCAGCUGUUUUUCCUAAAGGUCCACAAGAUAAAAAACAGAUAACCAGUAGCUCGAGAGUAAUCGUUAUUGGUGGAGGUGUUGGUGGCGGUGUGUUAGCAAUGCUAGUAACCUUUGCCGUAAUCGCAUUCAUUAUUAUAAAGAAAAGGCGUGCUCAAAAUAGUAACGAAGACACAACAGCGUUUAAUACUGAUCAAAAUGAAGAACAGCACGUGGAUUCAUCAGCGGUCUAUGCGACUGUGAAUAAAAACACAGUUGUCCAACCCGAUGCUAUUUAUGCGAAUACUGCUGAGGGUCUCCCACAUGUAACCGUAAUUUCCAAUCAAACUUAUCAAAGUCCUCCAGAGAAGAAAAUUAGCACCGAAAGUAUUAUCACAGACGACAAUCUUGAAAGUGACGACGAGGACGCUAUUGCACGGGAAAUUGCUAUUAGGUUUGAAGAAAAUGGCGGAGUGUAUUACAACAAUGCCAAUAAGGUUAACAAAACCAAAGUUAAAGUUGAGGAAUUACCUGCGUAUGUCACAGCAAAAACAAAAAACUCGUAUGAGGAAGAAUUUGAGAGAUUUCCAUACGGUCUUAUUAAACCGUUUGAAGAUUCUCAAAAAGCCAGCAAUAUGUCACGAAACAGAUAUAAAGGAAUUUACCCGUAUGACGAUUCACGGGUGAAGGUUUGGUACAAUGGAUCUGAUUACAUAAACGCAAGCUUUAUUGAUGGUUUCAAGAAACGAAAUGAAUACAUUGCAACUCUAGGUCCGAUGUCAAAGCAACUUGGAGACUUUGGAUUGUUUUGGGAAAUGGUCUGGCAGCAGAAAGUUGAAAAGGUCGUCAUGGUUACGAAUUUAAUUGAAGAAAAGAAAGAAAAAUGUGACCAAUAUUGGCCGAAUGUUCGUUCGUCUUUUCGUUACGGAAACUUUACUGUUACUUGUCUGUCAGAGGAUUCGUAUGCUGAAUUUACAAGACGAACAUUUCAAAUAUCUCAGAAAUCCGAAGAGAGAAAGCUUCAUCAGUUCCAUUUCACAUGCUGGCCUGAUAGAUGUGUGCCGAAAGAUGUUACCUCUUUGAUAGAAUUCAGGCAGUUGGUCCUAAACUGUUCGACAAAGCUGUAUGGUCCGACAGUGGUACACUGCAGUGCGGGCGUUGGACGAACCGGCACAUAUAUUGCUCUCGACAUUUUGACAAAGGAAGGAGAAGCGGACGGAAGCAUUGACGUCCCCGGAUGUGUGCUCAACAUGCGCCAAAACAGGCCCAACAUGAUCCAAACUCUGGGACAGUAUCAGUUUCUGCAUAGAGCUCUUGUUCAUUCACUGACGUUGGACUGUAACCCGGUGAAAGGGGUGCGUUAUCAGCAAUUCAUGGACAGUCUUAGUGACACUGAUAGGGCGAAAAUGUUUCAGCAAACCCAGUUCACUGCAGGACAAUAUUCAGAGGAAGAAUCUCAAGCAAUUGAAAGAAACAAAAAACUCAAGGGCAAAAACAGAGUCAAUGCCGACAUUCCAGGUGACGAGAACAGACCCCGGCUGAAUAAAUGCAGCAAAGAGGGCGGAUCUGACUACAUCAAUGCUGUUCGUAUAAACGGUCAUCGGACGAAGAACCGCUUUUUAGUUGCUCAAACACCUUUACCAGAGACAGUCGAUGAUUUCUUGACUCUAAUUUAUCAACAGUCUUGCUCGUGUAUUGUCAGCUUUGGAACGGACAUUGGUAAUCAUAAGAGCGUGGGCUCAUAUUUCCCUGCUGACAAACAAGUGUUAAAGAAGGGGGCGUUCAGCGUAAAAUGUUUACUGCAAGACGCGCAGGUCUGUUACACAAAUAGAACUUUGAUGUUUGGAUACACGGGCCAAGAUAAGGAGACAAUCGAAAUAAGCAUUCCUCAACUAGAGUUCACUGCCUGGGAUAGUUCGAAAAAUACUCCAAGAUCCGCAUUAGAGUUUCUGGACUUCAUUAACGAUGUUGAGGAGGCAUCACGAAAAUCAACAACUGGGGGACCAAUUCUUAUUCACUGCAUUGACGGAGCCAGCAAGAGCGGUGUGUUCUGUGUUGUUUCCCUGCUCUUAAAAAAGAUGGCCGUAGACCACGAGAUCAGUGUUGUUAAUGCUGUCAUGAAGGUCAAGGCCAGACGAAGACUUGUUAUCCCAACCCAGUCACAGUUCGAGUUCUGCAAUGAGUGUGUUCUAGCGUAUAUACAACAUGUACAACUUCAGAGAAACACAUAAGGAUACCAUUAGUGUGUUCUAGCGUACAUCAAGUCUUUUGAAUACAACAUGUAUUCGAACUUCGUGGAAUUACAUUGAAAUAGCAUCAGUGUGUUCAACCGUACAUCAAAUCGCUGAAAUAUAAAAUUCACUCACACAGUGGAGAACGUUUUUAAGAUAUGUUUUCAUAUUGUCUACUCCAAUAUUUCGAGGGCAGACACUCAGAUUGUAUUCAAGCGUACAUCAAAACAUUGUUCUAAGCAAUUUAUAUUCCAUUUGUUUUUACUAGUAUGUUCAUAUCGUACCCAUAAUUAUAUAUUUAUAUAUUCAACACAAUAUUUAUCUUGUAUAUAUAGUGUAUACGUAUAACACAUUUAAAUGUACAGCAUUUACAUUAUUUACUGGUCACGGUUUUGAUCAACUUUGCUGCAAACAAUAUAAAUAUUCACAACAUUGUGAAUUAAGUACAGUACUUAUCGAAAUAUCACUUUUGCAUCUGAGGAAUAUUUCAUUUUCAAAAUAAAAGAUGGUCCUCGCUGUGACAAGGACCAAUACAUUUACAAUUCAUCUACGGUUUGAACAUUUAUAUCUUUAGACCAUUAUAAUAUUUAUUUUAUGACAUAAGGGAUAAUAAUUCUUUAUAUAACAAGUCAAACCACAUACUUUAGGCAAAAUUUCAAGUUUCCUUCGAAUCGAAUGUAAAAUAUAUGAAGAGUCAAGAAAGUGCUUGUAUCCUUACAACUUUGAAUGUGAUAUGUGCAAUGCUAAACUGUCUGCUUAUAGUAGAACUGAAAGAAUCAUCGUAUUCAAACACAAACUCCUACUUAGUAAAAAGGCUGUUUGUAAAAACCCAUAUUUGUCAUAAUAUGUAUAUAUAGUAUAAAAUAAAA